AGUUUUUUUUUAAUGUGGGGCCAGAACAGGAAGCCCUAAUUAUUUUCCACGGAAAAAAAGGCUCGCUUUUCUUCUUGACUUUGUUCUCCAUCCACCAUCGUGUCCUGGACUUUUGCUCUUCAACCCACGAGCAACUACUAACCCCAACUAUUCAAGAUGGUGAGUGAAUGAAACAAUCGACUCGACUCUAAUGGCCACAGUUUUGUGAGUCAAAUGCACUUUAUUGUGCAAUUGAGCCACAGCGUCGUCCACUUUGUGGGCGGCAUAUGCUGUUGGUAUUCCGCCAGUAUUCGAUCACCGUAACAGGUAUCGAGCUGGUGAAGACUUGGCUGGAGAUGCGGCGUGUGCAGAAAUGUCACGACCUAUUCUCGUUAGAGUUCAGAGAAGACCUUUUGUUGGCUUGAACGCCUUGCUGAUGUCUUCUUUUCUCAAUGACAGCCUCCCAAGUCCGGCAAGAAGGUCGCUCCCGCCCCUUUCCCUCAGGGUAAGGCUGGCAAGAAGGCCGCCAAGAACCCUCUUCUCGAGAAGCGACCCCGCAACUUCGGCAUCGGCCAGGACAUCCAGCCCAAGCGAAAUGUCUCUCGCAUGGUCAAGUGGCCCGAGUAUGUUCGUCUCCAGCGACAGAAGAAGAUCCUUCAGAUGCGCCUCAAGGUUCCCCCGGCUCUCGCUCAGUUCCAGCACGUCCUCGACCGCAACACUGCUGCCCAGGCCUUCAAGCUCCUCAACAAGUACCGACCUGAGACCAAGGCCGAGAAGAAGGAGCGUCUCCUCCAGGAGGCUACCGCCGUCAAGGAGGGUAAGAAGAAGGAGGAUGUUUCCAAGAAGCCCUACACUGUCAAGUACGGUCUCAACCACGUUGUUGGCCUGAUUGAGAACAAGAAGGCCUCUCUCGUCCUCAUCCCUAACGAUGUCGAGCCCAUUGAGCUCGUCGUCUUCCUUCCUUCUCUUUGCAAGAAGAUGGGUAUCCCUUACGCCAUUGUCAAGGGCAAGGCCCGUCUCGGAACGGUCGUCCACAAGAAGACCGCCGCUGUCCUCGCCGUCACCGAGGUCCGCUCCGAGGACAAGAACGAGCUCUCCAAGCUCAUCUCUGCUGUCAAGGACGGUUACCUUGAGAAGCACGACCAGGCCCGCCGACAAUGGGGUGGUGGUAUCAUGGGCCCCAAGGCUCAGAUGAAGAUCAUCAAGAAGCAGAAGGCUCUCGAGGCUGCUACCAAGAUCUAAGCCUAUUUGUUUAUACCCUUCACAAUGCAUUGCGAUUUUGGGAUCAAACGGUGUUGCACGGUUCAGGGCAUGGAAAAUGAAUGAUUUUUCUCGGGUUACGUUUCGUCCCAUCCCACUUCGCAGUGAUCAGUGAGGCCGGUCUUAUGACCAUCCUAAAAAUAGAUGAUGAGCUUGCUUCUUGGACAAGACUUCAGCGUAAAGUGAAUGCUUCGCCUUCUAAAUGUCCUGUCAAGAGAAUCCCC